CAAAGAGAGAGAGACAAGUAGAUAGAAAGGACAAGUCUUAAAGUAAACCCUAAAAUAAAAAACAGAAAUAAAAGUUAUCAAAAAAAAAAAAAACAGAAAUAAAAAAGAAGAGAGUGAGUGAAAGAGUGAGACACGAUAGGAAAUUGCGUGUCAAAUCCGGUGAGUGCACGGAGGGUGGCUAAGGCGCUCUCAGUCUCUCAAACAACGCUGCAGACGCCGAAGCUCCUGAAGAACAAGUCGGUGGCUCCGUCGGAGCUCUCCAACAAGAAGAUGAAAGGCCUCUUCAAGUCCAAGCCUCGAACUCCGCCCGAAAUCGUUCGCCAAACUCGCGAUCUCCUCCUCUACACCAACCGCGCCUCCUCUGAUCUUCGCGAAAGCAAGCGCGAAGAGAAGAUGUCAGAGUUAUGUAAAAAUAUCAGGGAGAUCAAAUCAAUUCUUUAUGGAAAUAGCGAGUCCGAGCCAGUCUCAGAAGCUUGUGCACAAUUGACUCAAGAGUUUUUCAGAGAGGACACACUGCGGCUUCUGAUUUUAUGUCUACCGAAACUGACCUUGGAGGCUCGAAAAGACGCUACUCAAGUUGUUGCAAAUUUGCAAAGGCAGCAAGUUAAUUCAAGAUUAAUUGCAUCUGAUUACUUGGAAGCAAACUUAGACCUGAUGGAUAUUUUGAUAGCCGGUUAUGAAAAUACAGACAUGGCUUUACACUAUAGUGCAAUGUUGAGGGAGUGCAUACGUCACCAAACUGUUGCAAGAUAUGUUUUGGAAUCUCAGCACAUGAAGAAGUUUUUUGAUUAUAUACAACUCCCACAUUUCGACAUUGCUGCAGAUGCUGCUACAACUUUUAAGGAGCUCUUGACUAGGCAUAAAUCAACUGUUGCUGAGUUUCUUUCUAAGAAUUAUGAUUGGUUUUUUGCAGAGUACAACUCAAAGCUCCUAGAAUCUUCUAAUUACAUCACCAGGCGACAAGCUGUCAAGCUGUUGGGAGAUAUGCUACUAGAUCGUUCAAAUUCGGUCAUAAUGACUCGAUAUGUGAGCUCAAGGGACAACUUGAGGAUUCUUAUGAAUCUUCUUAGAGAGUCAAGCAAGACCAUCCAGAUAGAAGCAUUUCAUGUGUUUAAGCUAUUUGCUGCUAAUCAAAAUAAACCUCCCGACAUCAUCAGCAUACUUGUUGCUAAUAGAAGCAAGCUUCUAAGGCUAUUUGCUGAUUUCAAAACUGAUAAGGAUGAUCAACAGUUUGAGGCUGACAAGGCUCAAGUCGUGAGAGAAAUUGCUGCCCUGGAACCUAGGGACCGCUCAUGACCUUGAGUGAGCUUUGUUGUAUGUGAAGUUGCUGGGGUUUUUUUAAUCAAUUCAAUUAUGAAUUUUAUAGUCUCAUAGCCCUCAGCAUGACAAGUUAUUAAUAUCUUCCAAGGCUUUAUUUUCUAGUGUUUGAUUGCAUAUCCAGCAGUUUCUAAAGAUUAUGUUUUGUAAUUUAAAUAUACUUUUUCUAAGAAGUACAUAAAUAAAUUGAUGAAAUUGCUUUACUGCAGAA